GCGGCAGAGGGAGUUGAGUUCCCCUGACUCAUGCAUAAAAUAUAGAUCUCAGGCAACGCAAACAGACUUGCUGAGACAAGAGAUACGCAGCCAGACAGAGAAGAAAGAGUCCACUUUGAAAACUGGACAGAGGCCCUCAAAGGGUCUGAUGUUUGCUUUGGAUAUGAGCUCAUGUUUGGGGGACAAGAGGAAAAGUUUGGUCUGAUGCCGGUCGAUGACGUCCUGUGGGCACGAUCUGGCGCACAGCCAUGGAACUGUCGCGAAAGCUGCACUGGAUCCGCGAGCGGCCCUGGAGGGCCCGGGCCCGUCACAGGAAGUUCAACAGAGUGUCCUCCCGCUUCCCAGAUAUCAUGGCUGCCGGCACUCACUCUCCUGGAGGGCCCAAUGGCAUCAUCAGGAGCCAGUCGUUCGCCGGCUUCAGCACCCUGCAGGAGAGACGCUCACGGUGUAACUCCUUCAUGGGGAACUCAGCAGUGCAGAAGAAGCCCAUCUCAAAGCCCAGGAAGCCCCAUCUGUCCGGGCACAAGUCCAGCAGCAGCAGCAGCUCACGAGAACCACAGCCCAAAAGAGUGGAAGAAGUUUAUGGGGCCCUCAAACAAGGCCUGGAUGAAUAUCUAGAGGUGCACCAAACAGAGCUGGAUAAACUCACUUCUCUUAUGAAAGACAUGAAGAGGAACUCCAGACUGGGUGUGCUGUAUGAUCUGGACAAGCAAAUCAAGACCAUAGAGCGAUACAUGCGACGACUGGAGUUCCACAUGAGCAAGGUUGACGAGCUGUAUGAGGGCUUUUGUAUUCAGAGAAGGUUGCGUGAUGGCGCCAGUAAGAUGAAACAGGCCUUCACCGCUUCACCCUCUACCAAAGGCACACGUGAGAGCCUGGCAGAGGUCAACCGCAGAUACAAAGAGUACACAGAGAACAUGAGCACUUUUGAGGCCGAGCUGGAGAACCUGUUGGGAGAGUUUCAUAUCAAAAUGAAAGGAUUGGCUGGUUUUGCCAGGCUUUGUCCCGGAGAUCAGUACGAGAUUUUCAUGAGGUACGGCCGACAGCGGUGGAAACUGAAGGGGAAGAUCGAAACGAACUCCAAGCAGAGUUGGGAUGGAGAGGAGAUGAUCUUUAUGCCCCUCAUUACAGACCUCAUCAACAUCAAGGUGACGGAGUUAAAGGGGUUGGCCACUCACAUCUUAGUGGGUAGUGUGAUCUGUGAAACCAAGGACCUGUUCACCGCUAUGCCUCAGGUGGUAGCUGUAGACGUCAACGACUUGGGAACCAUUAAACUUAACCUGGAGGUUGCCUGGUUUCCGUUUGACGUAGAGGAUCUGACACUGUCCUCAGGAAAUGUGAGUAAAGCCACCGCCCUUCAGAGACGAGUUUCAGUGUACAGCCAAGGCACACCCGAGACGCCCACUUUCCAGGACACGUCUUUCUUUUCCACUUUACCAGACGAUGUCUUUGAGAACGGAGGCUGCGGUGUGGCCGAAUGCAAGCGCCUCUCUUUCACCUUCUCUGACACGCCCACCUCAAGCCCCGCCCCCAUCCAGUCAAACCCUGAGAUCACCGUCACGCCCCCUGAGAUAGACCCUCCCUCCGAACCGGCUCCAGCCUCUGAGGACCAGUCGGUUGAGGAGGAGUGUGUGGAGGAAGACUGCGGCAGCGUCAGCGUCAGCGAUCCAGACCUGGAAUGGGACCAGAAUGAGGCCCAGCGGCACAGCACAGGCUCGGUGGCCCACUCGCUGUGCUCCGAGAGUCAGCUGUCUGCGGUGGGACCUGAGGAUGUGGUGUUCUUGGAGCCCAACCUGCCUGAUGAAGCCCUAGAGCUAAAGCCGGUGGAGCUGGAUGGAGAGGAAGGCAGUCUGACCAGACAGCUGGUGAGGAGGCUCACCUCCUCUGACAUGCUGCCCGAAAGCGGAGCGGUGAGCUGGUUUGGAGAGAGCAGCAGGACCUUCCAGGAGAGCAGCCUGGAGGAGGCCAUUCAGUCCCUGCUCCUGCGGCUGGAGAGCUUAGGCCAGCGCUGCGGGGAGCUGCAGGACUUGGAGCAGGAAGUCAUGAGACUCGAGGACCUGCUUAAGUGUCGGGUACCUGCUCAUAGGAGCCGUUCAUCCAGCCUCAGUUUGACAGUGGAGAGCGCUCUGGAAAGUUUCGACUUCCUCAACACCUCCGACUUCGAUGACGAUGACACAGGAGAUGACGCUGCCACCCUCUCACGCGCCGUCUUCUUUGACAUGGAGUCAGAGAGAAUUGGGUCAGGUCAACAUCCAGAAGCAAGAGGCCACCUGAGUGAAGCCCUCACAGAGGACACUGGUGUGGGGAACAGUGUGGCCGGCAGCCCGUUACCUCUCACCACAGGAAACGAGAACCUAGACAUGGCCAUUGUUGUUCAUCUACAAUACUGCAGUCAUCUCAUUCAGUUGUUGACCUCAGGAGGAAGCCAGGCGCAGCACAAAACAUACCUGCACAAAAUAACCACUCAAACACUUCUGUUGGAGGAGCUCAGUGAGAAAAACUUUGACAGACCGGGCAGCUGCAUUUUAGUGUCUGAUAUGUUGCCUGGGCUGGAGGAGCACCCGGCGCUGAUGUCUCUGUGGUCCGACUGCAGUGGUGGUCUGUUUCAUACUACACUGGACCGAGUGCUGAAGCACAUGCAUCUCAGCUUUGCCUUACCACUGCAACAGAUUCUGCCUCACUCUCCCGACUCAGUGAUCAGGAUGGUUGUGAAUGAGAUGAUGGACAGGGGCGAGCUGGCCUCUUCCUUGUGUCCGUCACUGUCCCCUCUGGCACAGGAUGUCCUCACUGUGUUUCAGUUUCACCGUUACACUGUCGAACACGAUGUCACAGACAUGGAGCGACACCUGCUGGAUUUAGCCAAAGAGGUCAUGCUUGAAGAGGCCCUGAGCUGUGGAGAUACAGAGCGCUGCGUGAAGGAGCUUCAGGAGGUGUCCGUCAUGUGUCUCCAGCCCCGCCCUCAAACCCUGUGGACCGUGGCGGGGCUGUUGACCUCUGAUGACCCCGAUGUGAUGAAGGCCGCUACCGCCUUCCUCUCCUCUGCUGCCUCACACAAACCCUUCAGGUCAAAGGCUGUUGAUUGUUACACACAAACCUUAUCAGAAAUAGACAGAUCAAGAGCUGCAUGUGCCGCUUUGAGCUGCCUGCAGGCUGUGGAGAGCAUUGAUGCUGUGGUGUUACUGUGUGACUCGGCAGAUGAAGAUCUCCGCCAGAUUGCCAUAGAAACUCUCCUCACUUUCGGUGAAGACGGGCGGCUGGCAUACGAGCAGUUGGACACAGUGCCGAGGGAAAUGGUGCGGCUGGGGACUCGCCGCGGUAACGCCGUUACCACUUCAUUUUAGAAAAACGACUCGUUAUCCCUCAA